AUGUCCACCAUGAUGGAAGCAAUCCAAUCCUUUUCUAGCCGUCUUGAUUAUGUAGAAAGCCGAAAUGUCGCGGAUUGUUUGCCAGUUCAAAACAUUCCUCCCAUCUUGCCUGUGCCAAGCAGCUUUCAGGUACCACCGCCAGUCGAUCCUCCUGAUCCAGGUGACUGGGACGAUGAAGGUGGGGAUGACGGUGAUGAUCCAAACAAUGAUGAUGUUGAAUUGGUACCAGAAAUUUCUGAGGAUGUUGUUCGUGAAAAGGAUGUAGUUGAUGCACGGGCCUUGCAGAGUGCUUGCAUUGACGCACUCCCCAACAAUGCGGCCGAAUACCGUGGUUGGAAGAACACCCUCAUUUUGUUGCUUGGUAGAUUUGACAUCUCCGGAAAAGAAGCCUUGACCUUGUGGUUGUCACCAUCCUUUCAGGUUGACGGUGAAAAAGAAGUUGAAUCUUCUUCGGGUCUGUUCCCACGCCUUCAGCGGUGGUUGGCCGGUGAGUUAAUUAAGUCUUUGAAGGGCAUCCCAGAGUUCUCUUUUCGAGUCCCAGGUUAUGUCGAAGGUUGUACUAGGAAAGUGCAAUCGCCCAGGGGUCGUGCCAUCUUGCAUAUGAUUUCUAGACAUUUUGAUUUGGACCGUAACAGGGGGGCUUUGUUGACUACCCAAAGCAUUUUCCAAGUCACCUUGCAGGGCUAUACCAUCAAGGAUUUCCGGGAAUUUUCGAGUUUGGCAAUGAAGACCUUGAAUUCCAUAUCUGCAGAUGACUGGCCAAAUGAACGUAUGCUUGGCGAAUGGCUGUUCCAUCAGUUGCCCAGUGUGCGAAAGUUGGAACGCGCAAUUGGAACCAUCAAAAUGUCAAGUUUAAAAGCCGAUGAGGGGAAUUUUGCAUUUUUGUGGGGUCGUUUGCAACCGUUGCUGGUUGAAGAGAGGGAGGAUGUCAAUGCCAAGGUCUUUUGGAGUUUGCUGCCGACAGUGGCGCUGCUCGUCAUUUGGUGUCUCAUGAGGCUUUGGCACAACAAGGAGGUGAUGCUUCAGUUAUCCAGCCCUUCCUCCGUCCGUCGCAUGAGUUCCUCCGUUUUCACACAGGCAAUUCCAGACUUGGAUUCGGAACCGUUGUUCCAGCUUGAUGUUGUCCGUGAUCUGCAAGGACUCGGUGAUGUCUCUGUCGAGCAUGAUUCCCCAAAGGUUGAUGAUGCCCCAGUUGAGAUUUCAGGUAAGGUAUUAGAGGGUAGGGUUGUUGCCUUAUCCAGAGAGCAAUGUUUGACUCAUUGGCCGAAGUCACCUUUUUGUGAUGUUUGCAACCGAGCGCGGUUGUACAGCAAGAGAGUGCGAUCAGUUCGCCAGUCUGACGAACAUCUUGAUUUGCCGGAUCCUGAUGCCUUUGGUCAACAGCUUGCAUGCGAUCACAUCAGUGUUUUGAAAUCAGCAAGAGGAAAAGAACAUGCAGUUUUCAUCAUUCAAGAUCGUUUCUCGAAAGUCAUUCAAGCGUAUCCUCAGUUUCCAGAGAUGCUGCACAACGAGUUUGCAAUCGUGAAGUCCGACGCUGCUGGUGAGAUUCUUAAGGCGGUAGUUGAGCAGGGUUGGCUUUCAGAAGCUUCCUGGAACGUGAGAUCCGAUGGUUCCAAGAAGUGGCUAGGUCACUUUUUCUUCCAGCAGGUUUAG